UGCUUUCAGCCGUCACAUGACACGUGUUAUACAAGCCAUGGCAGGAUUUGCAGAAUGGUUGCUCUCUUUUCCAGUGGAUCAGCUAAAAUAUCUCUUCCUUUUGACCCUCUCGCUUUUCCUUGGCUAUGUAUUCCGAGUGUUUCUCUCCUAUCAAACCACGCCGCUGCAUGUAAGAUGGAUCUAUCAUCUUGUCCUGGGCUUCUCUUUCUGCUUGUUCUGUUUCAACGUUUGGGACACUCUGCUGGUUGUUUUCUUUGUAGGUGUGGCAUAUGUCCUUCUCCACACUCUGUCACUCAAGCAUAUUGUUUGGGCAAUGAUGGUUUAUGCAUUAUCUUUCACGAUAUUUGUCCAUUUCCUCUGCAUGAAAAGAAGCUAUGGUAGCUGGGACCUUAGUGUUACAGGACCAAUAAUGAUGAUAGCACAGAGGAUUACUUACGUUGCCUGUGAACUUUUUGAUGGUUUGGGAAGGCCUGAUGGAGAGCUCAGCGAAGACCAACGGAGAUUAAAAAUAACUGAAAGACCGUCCAUUCUCCAGUUCUUUAGUUAUACGUUCAGUUUUGUUGGUAUCCUAGCUGGUCCAGCUUGCUCUUAUAAGGAUUUUGCUAAUUAUAUUUCUGGUGCAAAUAUGAAGCGACUUGAUAAUCCUAACCGCUAUGCCAGGGCUAAAGAACACAAUCAUGAUCCCUCUCCUGCUCUGCCAGUCAUACUCAAAGCCACUCGUUCAAUACUCUGUCUUGUAUUGUAUUUGGCUACAAGUUCAAUUGUAUCAAAAGAUUCUUUACUGAAUGAGACAGGUCUUAGGAAGGUUAUCCUGACAUUUGUGCUGAUGCAUCACAUUCGGUUGAUGUAUUACUUCACUUUCAUUAUAUGUGAAGCUUCAUGCAACAUUAGUGGGUUAGGAUUCACUGGAUAUGAUGAUAAAGGAGAGGCCCAAUGGGACAUGGUCCAGGGAAUGAGUGUACUCAGUGUAGAAUUUCCAGUCAAUUUAAGAGAAAUGAUUGCCAGCUGGAACAUGAUGACAGUACAAUGGCUGAGAAGAUGUGUUUUUGAGAGAUCUCAAUUCAAUCCGGCUCUAUUGACAUUCAUUGUAUCCUCACUGUGGCACGGGGUCUAUCCUGGCUACCACAUAACAUUCUUCAUUUUCUACUGUGGCAAAACUGCAGCAACAAAAGUACGUAAGAAUUUCCGUCAUUAUUUUCAAGGCUCGCCGUCAUUGAAAGUGUUUUACGAUAUUUUAACUACGGUAUCAACUUGCAUCAUGAGAGAUGUAACAGUGAUCCCGUUCGUUUACUUAACAACUGAAGAGUUUGUGAAAGGAUGGAGUAAUGUAUUUUUCAUUCCAAUACUCAUCUGUUUUCUUCUUCUUCUUCUUCCUAACAAAUCUCGAGGGAUAAAUUCCAAAUCUCACAAGGAAUAGUCACCACACACUAUCAUCAUCCACUGACCAGCAAGACUAUAUACCUAUUGCUACCUUUAUCAUUAUUUUUGUUAUUUUUUUCCAUCAUAUGCACAUUCUUUGCUAUCAUAGAACAGUUAGUAAAUAUAAAUAUCACUAUACUAACUAAUUUUUUGUGUAUAAUACUUUAUCUAUAUCAUAUGUUAUGUGUCCACUAUUAUUACUAUCAUUAUUAUAGUUUUUUGUUAUUGAUUGAUCUUAGAGACCACAAAGAUAAUGAUGAAAUGU